AUGAGGUCUAUGAAGGGCCUCAGCAUGAAUAGGAUGCUGGGGAGCAUCAAGAAGAAGGCUGGAGGGAGCUCCAACAUUCCCCCAGCGUCGGCGGCGACCCCCGCCGAGAACCCCGAGGUCACUGCUCACAACAGCGUCAAAGCAUUUUGCGAGUCUGGCGGAAACUCCAAGACCGAUGAAGUUCUCUUCCUUCCUCCCAUCGUCGAUGCCGCAGAAUCGUCCCCCGCCGCCGCAGCCGAGUGCGCUCGUGUCAUUCGAAAGUUCUUGACCAAAGAUUAUAGCUCGAGGCCGUCCUGGCAAUACAAUGCAAUAAUGCUUGUCCGCAUCCUGACCGACAACCCCGGAGACACCUUCACGAGGAAUUUGGAUGACAAGUUUGUCGAUAUAGUCCGGGCUUUGCUGAAGAAUGUCAAGGAUCUCAGCGUAUGGCAAAUACUAAUGGAGACCCUGGACGACUUUGAGUUUACCAAAACGCACGACCAGAACCUGGCUCCUUUGGUCCUCAUGUGGAAGAAGGAGAAGGAGGCAGCUGUCAAGAAACACGGGAACCGAUUGCCGCCUCAACCACCCCGGCCAUUCGUGAUGAAUCAGCCGCAGCUGAGCCGACACUCUCAAAACUAUUUCGCCAAGGCCCAUCAUCACAAUCGUCUCCCUGAGCCCGUCGAGCUCUCAUCCAGACUUGAAGAGGCACGGACGUCGGCGAAACUCCUGGAGCAGGUCGUCAUGAAUACGCCCCCGGGUGAAAUGCUGCAAAACGAGCUGAUAAAAGAAUUUGCUGAUCGCUGCCUAAGCGCGUCUAGGAGCCUGCAGGGCUACAUGAUUUCCGAAAAUCCGGCGCCGGACAACGAAACAAUGGAAAGCCUCAUUGACACGAACGAGCAGUUGCAAACAGCCCUCAAUCAGCAUAAGAGAGCGGUUUUGAAUGCUAGGAAGCAGCUUGGUCUCGGCACCAAUUCUAAUGAAGACUCUCCAGCUAUUUUGACAGACAACUCAGACACCGAGGGCCAAGCGCGCCACGGCAAUACCGAGAUUGGCUCAAUGUCUGGUGGUGUGACGGCGGGCGUGCGGGACGCAGGAAAGGGAAAACAAACGCAGUCAUACCAUUCGACUCCUGUCAGUAACGGGCAGGCGGUGGCAUCUGGCUGGCGUCAAUCACAACGGGACGAACCGACCGCCGACGAUCCUUUCGCCGACCCGCAUCCCGCGGAAGCAAAGGUUGCCGGAGGCUCUUCAACGCAGUUCAUGCCCGAAUUUCCGCACGAGCCUUUUCAUCCAGGCUUUGCUGGGCCCUUGACCAGUCAUGGUGUCGGUCCAAACACUGCAGGUGGUUCUGGCUCUCGUUCUGUGUUGGCCCAAGGGCAACCACUACAUAGCAAGCAUCAACAUGUCUCUGACGAUGAGGAUAUCUAUGAGGCAAUACCGAAGGGUAAGGGGUCCCUGAGCAAGGAGUGA